AUGACCAAUCAGCUCAACAUGCGAUAUACUUGGAUGUUGUUGUUACUGGCUGCAUUAUCUGCUGAUGGGUUUCUCAAACCAGCUCAUCGCCAUCUGCAGACGUCAAGAAGCCAUGUCGCUCCAGCAACCUCGCUGACCCCCAGUGCUCGCAACGAUCCACGGAGGUUAUACCCUUAUUCCUUGCUUUUGUUCAAGAAAUCCAAUGGCUCCCUGAGAUGCACGCAGAGUCGACUAAUAACGCAGUGGGUCCUCCUUCCCAUUGUCAUUUGCUUGGCCACAGCGAAUAGCGCGCUCGCAACGUAUGAUUUUGACUUGUUGAACGGCAAUGUCCAAUUGGAAGAAAGAACAACUCUCAAACUCCAAUCAUCGUCAUCGUCCAAGGAAGCCACGGUUGUUGUGCAACUGGCCAAUCCACAAUUGGUGGGAGCUGGCUCUGGUGGUGCCGUCUUUGCCUUUGACGAUGCCACCGUUGGUGUCUCCAAAAGUCAGUCGUCGAUCGUAUUACCACCUCCCGCCAAGGACCUAUUGGUCAAGAUCAGUUGGGAGACAACCACCCAGGCGGUACAACACGAAUGUCAGAUAUUACAAUUGCUGGAACAGGAGCGCGUUUCGUCUACCGAGCGUUGUCUGGGGCAAUUUGAGUAUCCACGGAAUCAUGAUCGAACGAUGAUUUUGGUGCAUCCCUACAUGCGAAAUGCCGUGGCGAGCAUUGAGGAACUCCCAACCGAAACGGCUCGGCGAGUCGCCGUGGAUCAAGUGGCCCGCACGUUGGUGCAAAUGUUGCUUGCCAAUGUCAUUACGAUUGAUGUUCAGCCGCUCCUGUCCGACACCAAGGUCCUAUUUAUUGACAUGACCCAAGCGCAGGUCUUGUCACGCCAUGACACUUUGAAGUACACGCCGGUGGAGCAGACCUUGGUGUCGUCCUUUACCAAAGAAAUGGUCGCCUUGAUUCCCGAACCAUACUGGAACAUUGCACAAGAAUCCGUCCAAGACGAGCUGCAACGACAACUGCAACAGCGAGGGACGAUCCCUCCCAAGAUCCUUGCCGUUUUGGAGGAUCAAACGCCGUUUCUGGAUUCUUCCACGGAAGAAUAG